GAAAACACUUGUAACUCAAAUCAUCUAUUCGUGCUCAGAAUAAUUAGUGCAAUUCCUUUAUUAUUAACAAAAUAACAACUUAUAUACGCAACUUUUCCCGCGAACACAUGAAGCUCCGGCAGAAUUGGCCCUCUGACGGUCAUUCGUAGAACCAAGUAUUAACCAAUCAGAACUCGAGAAAUUAUGCGUCAAAAUUCAAAAUUUACAAAUGACUUCACCUCACAAAAUAGAAAAUAUUAUUUAUUUAUAUACUAGAACUAGACUGUUGUUACAAAAGGUUUUGAAUAAAUGACAGGUUGUCAAAGUUAAAAAAAUUAACCCAAAUUGAGAGAGAAAUUCAGAAACCGAAUCAUCAAGUCAUGGAUCCAAUAAAAUUAAGAUUUUUUAUGGAAAUAUGUGAAAAAGAAAAUAAAUAUAUCAGAAUACAGGAAAAAUUUAUCCCAUCGCUUAGUUCAAAACCGAUAACUGGGAAAUUUUAUGCGAAACAUGAUGCCGUAUCCUUCGAUGAAAUUCCCGAAGAUUAUUUAAAAUUAAUAGAGAGAAAAGAAAAUUCCGUACCAAGAGAUCGUUAUUCAUUUCCGCCUCCAACAGCUAAUAUGGACUAUGGUUGGUUCACGGAACCACUGAUUCCACGUUCAAAGGAUCCAAGGUUACAUUUCGCAACGAAAGGAAGCGACUUUCUAAAAACAGAAUUAAAAUUAAGACAUCUUAACAGAGGACUUCCAGUUACAAAAUUUGUUGGUGUUCCUUUUAGAAGUUAAAUUAUGUACGAGUUGUAGGAA